AUGGCCAAGGUGUCAGUGCUGAACGUGGCGGUGCUGGAGAACCCGAGCCCGUUCCAUAGCCCCUUCCGGUUCGAGAUCAGCUUCGAGUGCAGUGAGGCCCUGGCGGACGACCUGGAGUGGAAGAUCAUUUACGUCGGCUCAGCUGAGAGUGAGGAGUUUGAUCAGAUCCUGGACUCGGUGCUGGUCGGCCCUGUCCCAGCAGGGAGACACAUGUUUGUGUUUCAGGCUGACGCCCCCAACCCAUCCCUCAUCCCGGAGACUGACGCUGUGGGUGUGACCGUGGUCCUCAUCACCUGCACCUACCACGGACAGGAGUUCAUCCGAGUGGGCUACUACGUCAACAACGAGUACCCCAACCCCGAGCUGCGGGAGAACCCGCCCCUGAAGCCAGACUUCUCUCAGCUCCAGCGGAACAUCUUGGCCUCCAACCCCCGAGUAACUCGCUUUCACAUCAACUGGGACAACAACACGGACAGGCCAGAGGCCAUAGAGAACCAGGACCCCAACCUGGCCUGCGGCCUCCCCCUCAGCUACACUCCUAUCAAGGGCCUGGGCCUCCCUGGCUACAUCCCUGGCCUCCUCCCUGAGAACUCCAUGGACUGCAUGUGACUGCAGACACCCAGAGCCUCCCUGCACACCUGGAGGGGGCAACCAGGCCCCCCAGAGAGGGUGCGGGGCCAUCUAGAGGACUUGGGGGCCAUCAACUGCAUCCAGACCUGUCAAACUUGGCUGGAAAGAACAGGCCUCGGGUCUGCCCCAGCCGCGGCCCAGAAGGCUCGUCUCACUUCUGCUGCACAGGCCUAUAAGAAGCAGGUACUUCAGUUCUUAUUAAUUUUUUCUGACUUGUGUCCUUUUUUCUUUCCCACACACACUAGGAAUUCCAUUUGCAGGCCGCUGUGGUCCCGUGAGGACCACUGACCCAAAGUUCUUCCCAUAGGCCUCCCUGGCCUGCCUAGAGGCUUUCUUGGUCAGCGCCCGUCAAGGCUCUGGCCCUGUUGGGCAAGGCUACAUCAUUCCUUUCUCUUCCCAAACGUCUGAGCGGACCCACCCAGCUUUCUGGUGUCACAGGCAAGGGGUCCUGGUUGGUAGGUGGACUUGGAUACAAUCUCAGUCCUUCUCCCAGGAGGAUUUUUAGGUCUUUCAAUCCAGCAGCCCCUGGAAAACUCUGCUCCCAAA